AGAGCUGGUGACGUAACCGCUUCCACAACAACAAGAAGCUCAGAAACAAGGAAGUGUCAAGCCGUAAGCUGAAACAAGGCCAAGACAAGAUACUCAGAGUUCCGCUCAAUCCCAUGUUCCUCGGCCCCCGGAGCAGUCCACAACGAUGAAUAACAAAGGUUCAUAUCCACAGCAGACUGUGUACCCUCAGCAGAGCUCUGCACCUGUCUACCCCUCUGCUAUGCAAAUGUCUCCUCAGGCACCUCCUUACUCAGACACACCUCCUGCAUAUUCUGAGAUAUACCAGCCCAGAUAUGUGCUUCCACCUCAGGUGCCUGGUCAGGUGCCUCAGAUGUCCUCCCCCUACCCUGGUGCUCAGGUGUAUAUGCCCAUGCAGCCUCCCAUGCAAGUUGGUCCGGUGGGUCAGAACGUUCCCAUGGCCUACUAUCCCAUGGGGGCCGUCUACCCGCACGGAUCAACGGUGAUGGUGGAAGGCGGCUUUGACGCCGGAGCCCGUUUCACAACCGGCAGCAGCGUUUCCAUCCCACCCCCACCUCCUGGACACCCCCCUAACGCAGCUCAGCUGGCUGCCAUGCAGGGUGCCAAUGUUGUCAUGACGCAGCGCAAGAAUAACUUCUUCCUGGGUGGAUCCAGUGGAGGUUAUACCAUCUGGUAACAGCAGCUAUUCCCCCUCCUUGUUCAUGCCUAAACCGUUCCCCCCACAUCCCAGAUAAUUCCCCAGUCCUCCCUUCCUCCUUACGCCUUCCUCUUCAGGCUGCUUGGCCAUGCCACAAUACUGAUAUCACCUAACGGAAUGUAAUAUUUUAGAGCCCUUGUGAAAGGUACAGUACUCCACUUCUGACCUAGAGAUCAAACGAUAACCGUCGCCACCUGGAGAGGACAAAACGCAGAAUUUAAAAUAAUCUGUCCGUAAUUCAUUGGAUUGAAUCUCUGAUCAUUCCUGAUUGGAUUUGGUUCAGGCAUCUGCUCAGGAGACCUGUUCCUCUUUGAUCGAACGGUCUCUAAAAAACACUGAGAUGUUCUCGUCUUCUUGUAAAACUUAACGUAGGUGAAACCUUGAAAUGCCAGACCUGCAUUCUAUAGUUUAGCUGCUUUAUGGUGAAAGUGAAACGCAAAACGACAAAAGUUACAGUCAAAGCGCAAAUAAAAAGAAACCUCCACCUGUCUCUUUUUUUUUUCUUUUGUUUUUAAUUAGUGUAGUUGAAAUAAUAGGUGUGUAAUAGUUCUGUGUAAAUACCAGUAUGAUGAUCAUGAGAUGCUACAUCUCAACUAUAAGAAUAAAAGUAAAAAAAAAAAAAAA